AAUAAUAAUAUAAAAACAAAAAAAAGAUUUGCUAACAAAAUAAAAAAAAGAAAAAAAAGAAUGGAAUAAUUUUAAAAACCUCAUUUAAAAUUGUUGAUGAUUGGGAAAACAGGUGCAGGAAAAUCUACUGCUAUUAACAUGUUUUUAAAUCUAGCUAUAGGUAACAGCUUUCAAGAUGAGCGUGUAGUUGGGAUUACUUAACAUUUUUCUUUUAAUGAUCAAAAAUUUAUUCUUCAAUGUAAUGUGGAUUAAUUUAGUAAUAAAUAAUCUGAUAUUGGAAUUUCGUCCUCUAAAAGCUAAACUAAAGAAUGUAAUAUGUAUACUGUUGAAGGAGAUAAGUGUAUAUUAACUUUAGUUGAUACUCCUGGACUUGGAGAUACUGAGGGAGCUGAAGCAGACUAAAAGCAUAUAAAAAAUAUAAUAGCUCGCGUACAGCAACUCACGGAAAUAAAUGCUAUUUUGUAUAUUCACAAGGCUCAAGACAAUAAGAAAGAUCUUUUAGUUUAAUAUUUUAUAAACUAAGCUAUGAGUAUGCUUACUAAAGAAUGCAAAAAGAAUUUUAUUGUUUGUUUUACUAAUGUGAUUAAUCCUAUGAAAAUAGAUGCAUUGCAAGUGUUGAAAGACAUGAACAUUCCUCUAGAUUACAACUAUUAUUUCGAGAAUGAUUGCUUGAUUCCAAUGUCCUAUUUUUGUAAUUAAGACUCCAAAAAAAUCCAAAAUCUUUAAAGAUAAAGUAAUAAUUUUUGGUAAACUAAUGCUGAACAAUUCUAAGAAAUGAUUGAAACUGCUUUAAAGAUGCAGCCUCAGAAGACCUAAGAUCUUCUUGAAUUACUAGUUAAGAAAGAAUCUAUGAUUAAAAUUGCUUGUGAAAAAUAGUUUUAAAUAAAAUAUAUAGAGUAAGAAAGAGUAAAUAUUUAACAAAAAUAAAACUCUAUCAAUAGUGUGUAAAAUUUGAUUAGUCAACUCGGACCUGAAUCAAACUCAGUACCUAGAAUGCGCUAUAAAACAAAAUAAAGAACUAGAUAAAAAACUGUAUAGAAAACUCUUGACAAAAAAGUCACUUUCUGCUACAAUUGUUAAAAACUUUGCCAUAACCCAUGUGAACUAGAGAGUUUAUACUAGAGAGGUAGUAUCGAACUGUAAAACUGCACUGCAUUUGGUGGAAAUACCAAUUGUAGAGAGUGCAAACACACGGUUGAUUAUCAUGGGCAUACAACGGAAAUCACAGAAGAGUAAACUGAAAAAUAUGAUGAUGAAGAACCUUACGUAGUAUAUGUAGAUGUAAAAGAUUAUGAUACUAUAAGAAGAAAAAAAACUCUCUAAUAGGAAAAAGAAAAUCAUUAAAAAGAUAUGCAAGCUCUAUAAUAAUAAAUAGAAAUCUUAGAUUAAAAUUUGUAAAAAGAGUUAAAACUAAUUGCUAUCCUUCAUAAUAGAAUUUAAGAAGCCUCUAUGAGUUACACUGACGAAAUUACAAUCAAAUAUCUUGAAGAAUAAAUUUAAUAGUUAAGCUAGGAUUGUAGCAUAACAAUAGAUUAAAAAUAGAGGCUUCUCGAAAAUUAUUAAAAAGCUAAAGAAAAUUAUAUAAUUAUCAAAAAAUAGGUAGAUUAAGCUCUUAAACAAAAUAAGAAUUUAAUAAUUGACUAAGAUUUAGAAAAAGAUUUGAAUCAAAAGCUUGAAUAAACUAGGAUUAACAUAAUGAUAUCUGCUUAAAAUUCAAUUUAAUAAGUAUAAAAAAUCAAAUAACCUAUUUAGGAAAUAUAACCAAGUUUCUAACACCCAAAAAAAAAAACUAAAUUCCCAUAUGCGUUUUAUUGA